CAUGGCGCCACGUCCAAUGACCUAAGCGUUCUGUGCAAUGACUCCUCCCUGGAGCUGAGCGAGUACUGGGACCAGAAGUUUAGUGGUGACAACGAUGAGCAAGAAAGAUUACUGAUAGAAAGCUCCACACUUUAUGUGGGGAAUCUCUUUUAUACAACCAAAGAGCAAAUAUAUGAGCUCUUUAGUAGGUGCGGUGACAUCGAGAAUGUUUAUAUGGGCCUGGAUAAAAUAAAGAAAAUGGCCUGUGGUUUCUGUUUCAUAGAAUACUUUAACAGAGCUGAGGCCGAAAAUGCCAUGCAAUUUCUAAAUGGCACCAGCCUAGAUGACCAUAUUAUCUGCACAGAUUGGGAUCUAGGCUUUAGAGAGGGCAGACAAUAUGGCCGUGGUCAAUCUGGGGGCCAGUUAGGAGAUGAGUUUCAUGAAGACUUCAAUGUUGAUAGAGGAGGUUUUGGAAAACAGGCUCAGGUCCCUGGUAGGAGAGGAAUCCAUUCAAAAAGUCUUUGUUAAAGAACAAUGCCAGGCCAGCAAAUAGCCCAUUUCAUAACAAAUUUAAAUUAGUUUAUUUGCUGGGCAGAAGCCCUAUUGAUGUAUUUUUCUCUCUGAAAUGAUAUUAAAUGGUGCAAACAAAAAUAGUCUCUUGUUCUUAUCUUAAUUUUGAGACUGGUUGUCAGGUUACCAGUUUGAUCAUCAGGUGGUCAAAAGUGAAAUGUCCUUCAGGAAUAAAUUAGCUAUGUGAGAUACGAGUCAUGAAAAGUACAACUUCCCAUUCAGGAAGAUUUCAGAUAACCAUGUUCCCAGAACCUGAAAUGAUCAUUUUGUAGACUUUGCAUAAAAUAAAGUCAAAUAAUUGGAAACAAUUUAAAAAGCCAUUAAAGGAAUGUAAGCACAUUAUUAUAAAGUAUUAAAAAAAAUCCGGAGGAGACUAUAAGGAAAGCAAAAAUCCUCCUGCCCCUCCUCUUCCUACUCUAGGCCUAUUCCCUUGGUAAUAACUUUCAGUUAUUUUAGCAGCUUGUUUUCGUAUCUUAUGGCAGAAAGUGAAAAAGAACUAAAGAGCCUCUUGAUGAAGUUGGCUUAAAACUCAACAUUCAGAAAACUAAGA